UUGCCCCUUUUUUUUGUUUUUUUUUUUGUUUUUUUUUGUUUUUUGUUUUUACGGAAAAUCCCAUUGCCCAUCUUUGAAAACCCCAGCUUCUUCAACCUGCAGAAAGAGUUCAAAUUGUAGAGAGAGAAAGUGAUGGAGAAGACAAGCAAAGAGCUGUUGCAAUUGGAGCACAAAGACCCUUCUUCUUCCUUUAAAGAAUCAGCGUUGCUUGUUUGUGGGAAGAGCAAGAAAUCGAUAGAGGAGAGGCCAAAUUCUGAAGGAAAGCCCUUCCCUGCGCCACUCCCUAAAAGCCAAGUGCUUGGGAAGGUAAAGGAUUUCCUAGGAGUAAUUUCUGAAGCUAACAAAACUCUACAGCUUAAUGCAAAGGACAAACCUGAGGAAUUUGAUAUUGAAGUUUUGCAUGGUAAUGAAUCAGAGUACAUUGAAAUGGAUUUGAUGCUGGGUGUUGCUGAUCUUCAAACUCCAGAGGCCAUGGAAGCCGCAGAGGCUGCAAUGGCCGGAAACCAACCAGUUGUAGAUUUACAUACCAAUGACAGCUCUUCAGAAUCAGGAAGUAGCAGUGGUGAUGAUGACGAUGAUGAUGAGGAUGACAGUGAUGAAGAUGAAAAUGUGAAGGCUGAUUCUUCUGAAGGACAUUCAGAUAUGCAGGUAGAUGGUUCUUCAAGACAGCAGUCAGAAAGUCGUAUUAAGAGAAAACAGCCUAAGAUUGUUGUGCUCCCAUAAAUCCCCUAUUUACUUUGAAGAAAUGAGUUGCAAAUUGGAGAUUUCGCAGGUGAAGAUUGUUUCAAUUUGCAAAGAAAUUUAGUGUGCGGUGUUGUAACUCUUGUAAGAGAUUACUUGUGACUUGUGAACAGUCCGGAUCUAUAUGUAGUCUAAAUUUUGCUACUUCCCUUAUACAUAGAUUGAUAGAUAGCUAUUGUUUAUUGUUAUGCCCACAUUAUAGAUAGCUAAAUUUUGCUCCCAUGAACAAUGUUGCUUUUAUCAUAUGCAAAUCAUGUACCUUUUUGGUUUUU